AACACCUUCCACAAACCAUUCUCCAAAAUGGGUAACUGCUUCACCAGAGCUCGUAGAGUCCCAAUCUCUUCUUCUCCAGAUACGUCUCCUCCUCGUCAGUAUCAGCCACCACCAUCCAAGAAAACCCAAGAACAGGUUAACCCAACGCCGAAAACCCAAGAACAGGUUAACCCACCACCACCAAAACCUUCUUUUGCCCCAAAAACACUAACCAUAUCAUCAUCAGCUCCAGAGAUUGGUACUAUUCUAGGAAAAUCCAUUUGUGAUUUAACCUCAAUUUAUGAUCUCGAUAAAGAACUGGGUAGAGGACAGUUUGGUAUUACCUAUCUCUGUACCGAGAAGGCCACAGGUUUAAAGUAUGCCUGUAAGUCGAUAUCGAAGAGGAAGCUUGUGAAAACUAAGGACAUUGAGGAUGUCAGGAGAGAGAUAUUGAUCCUUCAACAUCUUACUGGUCAACCCAAUAUCGUGGAGUUUAAAGGCGCUUAUGAGGACAAACAGAACUUGCAUUUGGUGAUGGAGUUGUGUUCGGGUGGGGAACUCUUUGAUCGGAUUAUUCAAAAGGGCAGCUAUUCGGAGAAAGCAGCUGCGACCAUAGGUCGGCAAAUCGUUACUGUGGUUCAUGUCUGUCACUUCAUGGGGGUGAUUCAUAGAGACUUGAAGCCCGAGAACUUUUUGAUGGCUACUCGAGAUGAGAAUUCUCCGAUCAAGGCCACGGAUUUUGGACUAUCCGUUUUCAUUGAGGAAGGAAAAAUUUACCGUGAUUUUGUGGGAAGUGCUUACUAUGUGGCACCAGAGGUUCUGCACCGAAACUAUGGGAAGGAAAUAGAUGUCUGGAGUGCUGGGGUGAUCCUUUAUAUUCUUCUGAGUGGUGUACCUCCGUUUUGGUCUGAAACAGAGAAAGGCAUAUUCGAUGCAAUCUUAGAAGGAAACCUCGACUUAAAAAGUGCACCAUGGCCUUCCAUAUCUGAUUCUGCUAAGGAUCUCAUCAAGAAGAUGUUAACACAUGACCCUCGGAAAAGAAUUACUGCUGCCAAAGCCCUCGAACAUCCAUGGCUCAAAGAAGAUGGUGACGUCUCCGAUAAACCUAUUGAUAGUGCUGUUUUGACUAGGAUGAAGCAAUUCAGAGCAAUGAAUAAGCUAAAGAAAAUUGCCGUAAAGGUAAUAGCAGAAAAUCUUUCGGAGGAAGAUAUUAAGGGCUUGAAAGAAAUGUUCAACAACAUCGAUACUGAUCAGAGUGGUACAAUUACCUAUGAAGAGCUUAAGACUGGGCUGUCUAGACUGGGAUCCAAGCUUAAUGAAGUUGAACUUAAGCAGCUUAUGGAUGCGGCUGACGUUGAUAAGAGUGGGACUAUAGAUUAUAUUGAGUUUAUUACUGCUACUAUGCAACGCCAUAGACUGGAGAAAGAAGAGAAUCUGUACAAGGCUUUUCAAUACUUUGACACGGAUGGAAGCGGGUUUAUCACAAGAGAUGAAUUGAAGCAUUCUAUGACUGCACAUGGAAUGGGGGAUGAAGCAAGCAUAGAUGAAGUCAUCGAUGAUGUGGACACAGAUAAAGAUGGUAGAAUCAAUUAUGAGGAGUUUUCAGCCAUGAUGAGGAAGGGUACUCAAUCUACUGCACAGAUAUAAGAAACCAAAAGCUUACUUGGUCUUGGUCUGCAAUACAUGUUGGAGUGAGGUGGUGUCUCUCCUGUUCUUUUAACUGUUGGUUCUUGCUGAAAGAUCAAUUUUGGACUUGCAGUUAAUUGUUGGCUUGCUUUCAAUCUAUCAUCAGCUGUAAGACUGCAACUACAUUAAACAUUCUCAAAGUCUCAACCUUGUACAUAUUAAUCAUGUAUUAUGCACUAAGAUUUCAUAUGAUUGUGUUUGUUAAUAGUAAAUAUAAUCCAGUAAAAGUGAUGUGG